CACAGUUGAGGUCUAUAAACUGCGCGCGUUCACUUCACAAGCGAAUUAACAUCGAACCACGAAGCGUCACAGCCAGACUAACGGGCACCAAAAGCUGAAGGAUUUACAGCAAUUCAAUUUUUAUCAUCGUUUAAGUUUUUAUUGUUGUUAAUUAAAGGCUACUUACGCACAGGGAUAUUAUUUUGUAAAAACGCGACCCGUACAAACCGUUUGUUUUCUACAAGAGACCAUGGCAGUUUUGACAGAUGGAGACAAAUGCAUCAAAUAUUUGCUGUUCACGUUCAAUUUUAUUUUCUGGCUGGCAGGGACGGCGGUGCUCGCCAUCGGACUCUGGCUGCGCUUCGACCCCAAGACCAAGGGCCUGUUCGAGGGGGAGGAGUCACCCUCCGUCUUCUUCACAGGCGUGUACAUCCUGAUCGGCGCCGGGGCGCUCAUGAUGGUGGUGGGCUUCCUGGGCUGCUGCGGGGCCAUCCAGGAGUCCAUGUGCAUGCUGGGAUUGUUUUUCUUCUUCCUGCUCGUCAUAUUUGCUGUAGAGGUCGCGGCAGGAAUCUGGGGCUUUUCCAACCAGGACAAGAUCGUGAACGACGUGGCGGAGUUCUACAGGAAGACCUUCGAGAACUACAAGGCGACCAAGCAGGAAGUGCUGAAGGAGACCCUUCGCCUGAUCCAGCACGGGCUCAAAUGCUGCGGCACCACGGGGACCAAAUUCGACGGCGCCGGCGACACCUGUCCCAAAGCGGAAGGGUUGGAAGUGCUAAUCACCAAGAGCUGCCCGAGCGCCAUUGAGGAGGUGUUCAACUCCAAGCUGCACGUGAUCGGGGGGGUGGGAAUCGCCAUCGCGGUCGUUAUGAUAUUUGGUAUGAUCUUCAGCAUGAUGCUCUGCUGCGCCAUCCGGAGGACCCAGCAGGUGGUGUGAGGCUCCCAUCGCCACGGCGACGCCUCCCUCCUGCUGUUCUUAACGUCUGCCCGUCAGUCCCAAGGCCACAGCUUCAACUACCUUUACAGUUCGCAACCUCCCUGUCCUCGCCCAUCCUGUUACGUCACAGUGUUCUACCCAGUCACUAACCGCGUUUUCCGUACUAGCUGAAAAGCAGUUAUAGGCUGCCUUUGAACCGGUUUUGGAAUUUUACUUCAGAAAGCUAACGUUGUGAGGAUUUUAUUUAGCAAAUAGCUAGCAGUGUUGUGGUUUCGUGAUCACGAAAAAAAACAGCCUUCAAGUUUUACUGUUUUUGUAUUUUUUAAUGUAAUGAGUUUGUAAAACUUGUGUUACUGAGUGGUACUUGUGGAUUUUUUCAAGCAACAAAUGAUAUUGACUUUUGUAACAUUUCCUAAGAGUAACCUGAUUUAUACUCUUGAUUUUUUAUGUAUCUAUUUUAUUGAACACAAAGAAAUGUAAGUAACAUUUUAAAAUGCCAAAUAAAAUUAAUCAAAAUAA